UUCAAAUCUCUUCGCUUAUGGUUAGAGAAGCUGAGAUUAUUACAGUUGGGGUGAAAGUGCCGUUGAGUAGACGUUUAAUCUUUUCUCAAAUGCCAUUAGAAUAAACAACGUGAUUUGGGUUUUUUUGUUUUGUUUUACUACAUUUUUAUAACUACCUGCUUUAGAGCUCUUAGUGAAUCCAGUUCUGUUUAGUUUCAGUGCUAAACAGGGUUUUAUUUAGAGGAGAAAAACACGUUUCCGGUGUCGCUAUCCGCGCAGAUUUGGAGAUUUACACGCUCAUUGCGUGUCUGUAUGACACUCCUCUCAGCAUGGAAAACUCACCGUAGCCUGGCGUUGACUCUACAUCCAAACAAACUGCACUUUUAAAGCUGAAACCUGCACUUCGGAUUAUGGAUUCCUCCACCAACAGUCUGGAUGAUGUGUCAGCAGACGGCAGCACUGAUUUCCCCGACCGCAGUUCCUCCAUGGAGGUGCGUCUGCAGGCGCAGGAGGAUGAGAUCACGCUGCUGAAGUCGUCGCUGGCUGACGCUCUGCGGAGAAUCCGCAUGCAUGAUCAGCUGCUCCCAUUACUGAAGCAGCAGCUGAUUGCAGUGAACCCCAGUGCUGCCCGGGUACUGAACCAGGUGUGUCACUCAGACGGCUUCACCAGCGGCAGAAAACUCUCAUCAAGUUCAGCCAACGAUGGAAUUUACCACGCUGCCACGGCCGCCAGCCAACAGUCAGAGAGCAUUGUGAGCAAUGCUAACGGCCACAUAGGAAGCAGAGUAUCUGCAGAGCAGCAAGGCAGACUGCCAUCAUUGGACAAGGCAACUCAGACUGAGCCCACCAUACUAUCGAGACACGCUCAGAGCCUCCAUCUUGAAGACGGCCUUCCUCCAAGGGAGAUUGUGCUGGACGGGUCACGAGGCAAACUCCACCGUGUCCCUGGCAUGGAGGACGAGGAAGAGGAGGACCAGGUGGAUGAAGAAGUUGGAGGGGACCAAGAAAAAGAAACAAGUUGGGCUUCGUCAGUAGAGGAGCCUAUUCAGCCAACAACGGUGAGAUCCCUUCAGAGGGAAGAAUGCCUGGAUAGAAGCUGCUCUCCGGAUGAACCGGGUUCUGCCCCGGCCUCCCUCGGCUCUGACCAAAACCUCAGCCUGCGAUCUGGACCCCUGUCCCCCAUCCAGGAAGGAGAAAAGACGCUGGUUCGUAGAAACAGCGAGAAGCUGGCGAACCCAGAGAGGCAAAGGAAGCGUCUGGACAAGAAGGCAGCGUCUUCUGCCAACCUGCUGACCCGCUCCCCCAGCCUGGAGAGCCGGGCGAAGGAGCUGAUAGCCAGUGCAGGUUCACCCGGCUCAAGAAGAGGAACUUACAGCCAAGAACAGUCAAUUAAAAUGUUCAUCCGUGGCCGACCCAUCACCAUGUACGUCCCAUCCAACAUCCAGAACUAUGACAACCUGAAGAUGGAGCUGCCUUCAGAGAGACUGGAGCUGGACUGGGUCUAUGGUUACCGGGGACGGGACUGCCGUGCUAACUUGUUCUUCCUUCCAUCUGGUGAAGCGGUUUACUUCAUUGCUUGUGUCAUUGUGCUCUAUCACAUUAAGAACCGCAUGCAGCGCCACUACCGCAAACACACCGACUCUGUCCGAUGUCUUGCUGUUCAUCCUGACAAUGUUCGAGUGGCAUCUGGACAGACAGCCGGCGUGGAUAAAGAUGGAAAGCCAAUGCAGGCAUGUGUUCAUAUAUGGGACUCUACUACCCUAGUCACGCUGCAGCAAAUAGGGCUUGGAACCUUCCAGAGGGGAGUGGGAAUGGGAUCGUUGGCAUUCUCCAUUGCUGACUCUGGAACUUUCCUUUGUGUGAUUGAUGACUCUAAUGAACACAUCCUGUCUGUGUGGGAUUGCACCAAGGGGACCAAGCACGCAGAGAUUAAGACGACCAAUGAGGCUGUGUUUACUGUGGAGUUCAACCCCAGCGACAGUAACAACAUCAUCACCUGUGGGAAAUCCCACGUCUACUUCUGGACACUCAGUGCAGGGCAGUUCACCAAGAAACAAGGCAUCUUCGGAAAAUACAAGAAGCCCAAGUUCAUCCACUGCUUUGUGUUCAGCCUAACUGGAGAUGUUCUCACCGGAGACUCUGAAGGCAACAUCCUGCCAUGGGCGAAGUCUGCUGCAGAUACCAAAACACUUGGUAAAGGGGCCAAAGAAACCUAUCAGAUUGUUCGACCAAUCAAAGCACACGAAGGCAGUGUGUUUACCCUGUGCACCCUGAAGUGUGGAGCUCUGCUCAGCGGAGGGGGAAAGGACCGCAAGAUCAUCCGCUGGAGCGCCGACCUGGCACCGGAGAGAGAGUGUGAGAUUCCAGAAAAAUUUGGGGCUGUCCGCACCGUUGCUGUUGUGGAUGAUGAGGGACUUUUGGUUGGUACAACCCGAAAUGCAAUCCUCAGAGGAUCUUUCUCUGAUGGGUUUGUUGCAAUAGUUCAGGGUCAUUUAGAUGAGAUGUGGGGUCUUGCUACUCACCCCUCACAGGACAUCUUCCUCACCUGUAGCCAUGACAAGCAGGUGUGUUUGUGGAACACAGAGGAACACAACCUGGACUGGUGUAUCAGCCUCGAGGAGUAUGGGUUGUGUGCUGAUUUCUGCCCCAGCGGAUCGGUUGUGUCUGUUGGCCUCAGCACAGGAAGGUGGGUGGUCCUCGACUUGGUAACCAAGGAGGUGAUUUCUGAAUCCACAGAUGGGAAUGAACAGCUGUCCGUCAUGAGAUAUUCACCAGACGGACGCUUUUUAGCUGUAGGCUCUCACGACAACUUCAUCUACAUCUACAGUGUGACAGAGAGUGGCCGCCGCUACAGUCGCUUCGGAAGGUGUAAUGGACACUCCAGCUUCAUAACUCACCUUGACUGGUCCAAAGACAGCUGUUACAUUGUGUCAAAUUCAGGCGACUAUGAGAUCCUCUACUGGGACAUUGCAGGAGGAUGCAAGCUGUUGAGGAACCGCUUUGAGAGCAAAGACAGAGAAUGGGCCUCUUUCACUUGUGUGCUGGGUUUCCAUGUCAUAGGUGUGUGGUUGGAGGGCUCAGACGGAACAGACAUCAACGCCCUGUGUCGCUCCCACAAUGAGAAGGUGGUGUGGAAGGUGAUUGGAAGUGGGGUGGGAGAAAGCAGGGAGACGCUGGCCUCUGCCUCCUCCACCUCCACCAGCUCUCCGGAGCCUCCAGCCAGCUAGAUGGAGCUGCUGGUGCUGCCAGUGAAGGGAAGGAAGCUGUCUGCUCACAGCCACUGAGGCUAAUCAGAGCUCAGCUUCAUUUAGCCUCUGCUGCACCACUGCCGUCAGUCUUAUGAGCACAGAGGAAUUCUCUUCAGGGGAAAAUGUUUUAAAUGUUUUAACCUCCUACCAUAACUUCAUAAAUCCAUCUGAAACUGACACAUGUAACAGAAUUUUUUGCAUUCUGAUGUGUAAGUGGUGAGGAAAGUUAGUAUGUGUGUUGAGUGGUGCAUAAUGUGACUGUUAUUUACCUUAUAGUUUCUGUGAACAUGCCUGUUUUAGUCGUGUUGAGUUUACGUGUUGCAUUAUAACAUACAGUAUGCCAUAGUGCCUAUAGAAAAGCUAUUCUAUAUUUUUGUACUUUAAACAGAAGUGACCAGUGUUGGCUGUUUCUGUGCCUUUAUGAAACAAGAUGGAAAACAACUCCUGUCAACACGAACCCUGCUUAUCUUACUAAUUCAUUCAUUUUUGUGACCUUAGAUCAGUGUACUUGAAAAUUAUUACUUGUAGUAAAUGUGUUUUUAUUUUAUUAUUUUUGUAUUGAUUAUUAAUACAAACAAAAAAUAAAAACUGAAAGUUGUGUUAUUAUUUAGUUGUCAUUAGGGGGCAGUGUUGACCCUUUUAAUGUGAGAUGUACAUUUAAAACGAAACUGCGCUUUGUUGAGAAUCUCGGUGAAAACUGAAAGUAGGUUGAAAAAAAUUUUGUAUUAAUAUUAUUCUGUAUGGAUAUAAUGGGGAAACACAAACAAUACAUUUAUUACUAGGGUUUGAUUUUUAAAAUUGAACUUCUGAUCUGGCUGAAAUUUCUUGACUUGUAAUUAGAUUUUUGUAACAGCCAAACAGAUGUAAAGCAGAUAAUAUUUCAUUUGUUAAAAGGGUUCAUCACCAUGUCUGACUGAAAUGUGUAAGAGUGUCUAUAAGUACUGAAAGUGUUGUGUUACAACUAGCAGUUUUUCUUGAAAACACAAAUAAAGUACAAAUUAUUAAAGAUGUUAAAAUCA